UAAGAAUUUAUAUUACAUGUAAAUAACUGCUUUUAUUAUUAUAUUUCAUUAUGAAUCACUCUGAAAUGUUUCGAAUCAUGUUUUUGAACAGGAAAAUAUACGCUUGUUUUUCAAAUAUUACCCACAAUAUACACAAUUGAAAACGUCUGAAAAAAUUUCGCUGAUACACAGAAUUGCGCAUAAAUCAUAACGUAUAAAAAUUGUGUACAUCAGUGAAAAAAUUAUGAGAUCAUCGGAGCCGAAAGUGAACAUCAAAACAUGGAAAUUGGGAAUUUCACUUGUUUCUUCAUUCUGAUCCAUCUGCACUAACUUUAAAGACUAGCUCCUUAUUAGUCAUCACACGUGCGAAACAUGGAUCCACGCAUGGAUCCCCGGCGUCGCAGGAGACGACUUGCCGACAACGGCGAAGACCUUUUUGCCCAGCUCCUUGGUCGCCGAAAUAUGCAACCCCCUCGGCACAUCGCGGCAAACCACAUUCAAGGACCGCCUGGGCCGGUAAAUGUGGGUCGACCAUUUCAUGCCCCCAAUUUCGCCCCACCGGCACUGCGGUUUGGCCAGCAGGCUCCAGCGCAAGGUGGAGCCAAACGAGGAGAAGUCCAGUUCAUCAAGGGUCUCUCAUGCAUGUUGUUGAAUCUGUACGGAAAAGCGAGGAGCUUCCGGCACACGGGAGGGAGAACGAAGGAGCCGGUGGCGUGCAUAGCCUUGGUUGAUUUGACGGAAGAGGAAAACUUCUUUGAGGUGGAAAUUAAAGGACAGGGAGUAGGGAGCGAGGAUAUCCGUGUUGGUCUGGCAAUGCAGACACACCCUACAGACGCUUAUCUAGGAUCGACAAAGACCUCCAUAGGGUACAGCGUCUAAGAUGGCAAAGGGUACUUUGGCAGACCAGAUACGCUAGUCUGCCCACCAGCCCACAACUUUGACAAAGUUGGCAUUGCGCUUCACUUCGAGCGAGCAGAAUGCUCUGGGGAGGAUGCCAGCACGUUCAUCUGCCCACUCUCUGUUGUGGUCAACGGGAAAAGGAUCCUACAAGAGGAGAUAGCCCUUGACCCCUUGAAGCCGUUUUACCCAGCAUUCAGUCUGGGAGGCCGAGAGCAGCACGUCAAGUACCUCGGCCUGAGUAGAUGGUCGUACCAGGAGGAGGAUAUGCUGAUAGAUGAUGUCAUGGAAGAACAGAUGUGGAGAAGGGUCAACCAUGCAUCGGUUAAUGGACAGAUUGUGACGUAUACAGGAAAGGGGGAGGAUUUCUCGGAGUUUGGGAUGGCUCAGGGACGGAAACGGCUCGGCCCGGCAAACCAUUACUUUGAGCUGGAGAUCAUCGACCCGGGAAGGAGUUGCUAUGUCGCCCUCGGCGUGACCCGGAAGGACUACCCCACCAAUAUGCAUCCUGGGUGGGAUCGAGGGUCAAUCGCUUACCAUGCAGAUGAUGGUAAGAUCUUCACUGGUCAUGGAGUAGGAAACCCUUUUGGACCGAAAUGCCAUAAAGGUGACAUCAUGGGGUGUGGUAUAAUGUUUCCUAGAGAUUACCAGGCAGAUAGUGACGAUGGCAGUGAUACUGAAGAGGAGAUCAUUGACGAAUGGAGGCCCGGGAAACCCAACCCCAACAGGCUUGGUGAACCGGGCGAUCAAGAUAACGUCGGUAUCCACCUCUACGACUUCUCGGACGACGAGGACCUUUGGCUCGAAGACGAGCUCAUCAAUGCGAUGGGUGAUGGUCAGAGGAAACAAGAGAGAACAAAAGUACAAGUCUUCUUUACCCGCAACGGAACAACGAUCGGGAGAAGAGAAAAUGUCACCAUCCCGGCUGGCGGCUUUUAUCCGACCGUCGGUCUUCUGAGUCCAGAGGAGAAAGUUAGGGUCGACCUACAACCCCUGAGCGGUUGAGACAUGAAUAUUCAUGAUCCUCAUUCUCAUCAAUAUUCAGGUAAUAUUGAGCAGUCUUGCUGAUGAACAAAGAUGAAUAUUCAUGGAACUUCAUUCUCAUCACUAUUCAGGUAAUAUCAGGCAAUCUUGCUGAUCAACAGAGAUAUGAAUAAUAAUGAAUUUAAUUCUCAUCUUUAUUCAGGUUUAUUGAGUCAUCUGGCUGAUGAAUAUUCAUAAAUAUUCUUGAAGUUAAAGCAUCGGAUAUGUUGAUUAUCGUAUAUUAUCUUGGACAAUCUUGUUGAUUAAUACUAUUAAGUUGAAUACCAGCAUUUGAUGAAUAUUCAUGAAGUUAGAAUAGAGAUCUGCUUUAAACAAUCUUGCUGAUUAUGAACAUAUUAGAUGAAUAUUAGCAUUAAGAUGAACAUUAUAUGACCUUCGUUCUCAUCAAUAUAAAUGUAUUGUUGGAGCAACCUUGAUGUCGAAAAAAGAUGAAUAUUCAUGAUGCAGGAGUAUCAGUUGUGGUGUUGUAUAAUCACACUAAUAAACAUUUAGAUAUCCUAGGAGAUGAAUAAUUAUGUUGUGACUCCACCCUCCACCAUCACCUUAUAGGUUCUUUUCUGAAGAACACUCACUGAUGAAUUUAUU